CGUUACUUGUAGCUUAGCAUUAGCUACCUUAGGCGGAGACGCAACAAGCUUCUCUCAAAAAUAAGUCCACAGUCAAGAGUUUUUUUCCUGGGAAUUGGCGAAACUCGUGUUUGAGUGUAUGUUUGUGGAAUAGGAGCAGAGUUUUACGGAGGUGGAGCGAUACGGUGAUGGCGUGUUCAUGUGUGCAGCCUGCACUGUGUGUGUGGAGAUGGUUUUAACAGAUGCUCUUCUGGAGGAUUCAGGAACUUUGUGCUGGCCUGGAGAAUCCCAGUAAAUACGGACAUAUAGAAUAGUCCUACACAAACAUUUCUACAUAGACACGCCUUGGCUGUGCUGUGAGGACGGACACACAGAGGUUUAAACUGAAGUACACACAGUUGUGCCCUCUUUGUGUGUGAGUCUUGCUACAGGCCAUUUCUUCGGCAUUGUUGCUUUUCUCCUGCGUGAGAGCGUACAAUUAAUUUCUUUACGUUGGUCCAUCUCCACUGCCACCAUGCCAAGCACUACCAUUCGCCGGCAAAUGAAGAAUAUGGUGAACAACUUCUCUGACGCUGAGAAGAAGGUCAGAGAAGCCACUUCAAAUGACCCCUGGGGUCCGUCAUCUUCACUCAUGUCUGAGAUUGCUGACCUGACCUACAAUGUGGUGGCCUUCAGUGAAAUAAUGAGCAUGAUCUGGAAACGACUCAAUGACCAUGGCAAAAACUGGCGGCACGUCUACAAGGCGCUGACCUUGUUGGAUUAUCUGAUCAAGACAGGCUCAGAGCGUGUGGCCUUGCAAUGCAAAGAGAACAUCUUCGCCAUCCAAACUCUGAAAGACUUUCAGUACAUCGACAGAGACGGCAAAGACCAGGGCAUCAACGUGAGGGAGAAGAGCAAGCAGCUGGUGGUCCUUCUCAAAGAUGAGGACCGCCUCAAAGGAGAGAGGUCUCAGGCUUUGAAGACAAAAGAGCGUAUGGCCCAGGUGUCCACAGGGAGCAAUCAGAUGGGUUUCGGCCGAGGAUCUUCUCAACCCAAUCUGUCCACCUACAGUGAAGAGUAUGGCAGGUCGGAGGGUUCGCCUGCCUCCUACCAUGGCUCCACAUCUCCAAAUGCGGGGUCGGAGCUGGAACAGGCCAGACCUCAGACCAGCGGAGAGGAGGAGCUUCAACUGCAGCUGGCUCUGGCCAUGAGCAGAGAAGCCGCUGAGCAGGAAGAACGUAUUCGUAGAGGAGAUGACCUGAGAUUGCAAAUGGCCUUAGAAGAGAGCAAGAAAGAAGGUCCAGACUCUGCAAAACUGCCCAAGAAAAAGAAAGAGCCACAGUCAUCUCUGAUGGACCUCAUGGAUGUUCCAGAGGCCAGACCCUCUGCUGACCUGUGGGGUGCAGGGAGUGGCGCCGCAUCAUCUGCAGACCCCUGGCAACCCUAUGGAUCUGCCCCUAAACCAGCAGCCCCGGUCGACCCAUGGGGCACCAUUCCUUCUGUUCCACCGAUGAAGAGCAAUGAUCCGUGGGCACCAACGUCUGCCACUGACCCGUGGAGCUCUUCAGCUGUCCGCCCCAAGACCUCAAACACAGGUAACUUUGACCUGUUCACUGCGUCCAAUGGUACGUCCAAAGAGGACUUCUCAGAGUUUGACACCCUGCGCUCCUCAUCCUCCUCUGUCCUCACUGGCCAUGGCGGCCGAACGUCUUCUCUCCCUUCACAAAUCAGUCUUGCUAACAGCAGCAGCCUGGACCUCUUCGAUCCUCUGCCCACCUUGACUUCCACCAUUCCAACCAGAAAGACUCCAGAGUCCUUCCUGGGUCCAAAUGCUGCCUUGGUUAAUCUGGACUCCCUCAUCACCAAACCAGCCCAACCGACACCAAUAGUCAACCCGUUCUUGGCUUCAACGGGUGGCGCUGCUCCCGCUCCAGCUGCCAACCCCUUCCAGGUGAGCCAGCCGGCACCGCCCACCCUCAACCAGAUGCGAGUCAGCCCCAUGCCUGCAAACUUCGGCAGUAUGGCCGAGCCCAUGGCAUUGACCUCUCUGCCUACCCAGCCUGCGGUUCCUCUGCCUGGAAUGGCCCCCAUGGGUCACGUGGUGCCCGGAAUAGAGGUCGGUGCAAUUGGAGGAGUGGGGACGAAUGCAGGCAUGUCUGCUUCCAUGACCCUGCCCCAGCCUCUGAUGUCCCUGCCCCCUCAGGCGGCGACACAGCCCGCCGGAACCACCAACCCCUUCCUUUUGUGAGGGAUAGUCUGGGGACAUGUCAUCCCACCGUUAACUCACCUGUUCGCUUUCUGUCUUUCAAUCAGAAUAAACAGUGAGAUGUCUUUUCCUUAACAGACUCCCUCCUCCUGUUCUCUUCCCCGCUCUCUCUGUUAAAGCUGUAAGCUGCCUCGCCCCGUGUGUCUGUAUCGAUUUAACUACGAACUACUUAGCGUCUGCUCACAAUAGCAGCAAUGUUUACAGUUUUUAUGUGGGGCAGGGUGACCCCAAGCGACUCCUCUCCCUCCUUAUUCACUCACCUCCUCUUCCAGAAGCCUCCUCCUUCAUUAGUCGCUCCUUUCUUCUCCUGUAAAGUGGGUGUGUACUAACAGCAGGAUGAGUUAAUCUUUUCUAAACCCUGUCAGCUGUGUUUGUGUAUGACUUUGACACUGUGUUGAUUCCGGUGGUUCACUGGAGUGAUGAUGGCGAGCGUGUUACUAAGCAGGGAUUUUGCACUCCCCCCCCCCCACCCCACCCUUUAUGACUGUUGAGCUCACCGUUACACCUUAGCUUAUAGAGAGGGAGACUAGCCACCUAAAAUGACCUGAGACGACAGUCGCCACCAGUCAAAACUCUCACCUGGUCUCUUUCAGCUUGGAUUGUUUCCUGACCUUCCAUGUGAACUUUCACUUUCGUGAGGAGUCACACUUUUUGAAGAUGCAAACGCUUGUUUUGUUGGUGACAGGUGUGUGUUAACUCUGAAAUACUAACAGCUAUGCUCUGAUGCAGGAAAUGAACUGUGAUGGACACUGCAGCAUUGUAGGAUAUGACAUUUUUUGUGUGUAGGGUAAAAGGGAAGCGGGAGGGUUGAGACUUUGGUGUUGAAAUGCUUUUCUGUUUUGUGUGUGAGAAGUGCACGUUGGGAUGCAAACCAAUGUGAGGAAAACCUGCGUGAACCCAGUGUGCAUAUAAUUAUUUGCAGUGUAAUUAUUAUUUGCAAUAUUUAUAUCUCCCAGUUUAAUCCAGAUCCCCUCUGCAUCAGUAUGUUUAAAACCUUGAUCUAGUCCUGCCUAUUAGUCGCAUAGCCAAAUGUUGAGAGAAGUGCUGGGUGGCUGCCGUUGGUGACAGUGGCGAAGAAUGCUUUUCUUGGUCAUACAGAGUACAUACAAUUUACACACCAAGUGCAAUUAUUGGAGUAAGAAUUGAGGAAGACAUCUUUGAUGAAAUGUUUGGUACAUGAAUUUGGCUCCUAAUUCCGUUGAUAUCACUUAGGUACAUUAUAGGGGUGGAAUGAUGCACAAGCUCCAAGAUACAGUACAUAUCCUGAUACACCUAGUAUUGCAAUUUGUGUUAGUUUGUAUAUUUUAUAAGUCAAUUCUGGUUCUUCUGUAAGAGAGCAUUAUAUCUUGCACACAAUAGUUGCCUUUUCAUGGUCUCACGAUACUCAUUUAAAAAAAAAAAAACUGAUCUGAUACAGACCACACGAUAUGGUUAUCGUGAUACGUGCUGUAUCAUUCCACCCUGAUACAUCGUGUGGCUAAGUACAUAAUCUUGCCACUUUGGCUAAGCAUUAAAUAUUAUAGCACUACCUGAGAAACCCAAGAGGAUCCAAGUAGGACUGCAAAUAUUAGUCAACUGAUUAAUCUGUUGAUGUUUAGUCAGUAGUCCUUAAGUUGCAAGCAUGCAGAAAAUUCCAAUCCUUAUCCAGCACACCAAAACCACAAACAAAAAAAAAAAAAAUUUUGAUAUUGUCAAACAGAAAUAACAGUCAUGUCAGACUGUAAAUGCGACUUUUUUUUUCUUUUUUUUUUUUAGGUGAAAGUACAGUUGCGUUUUCUUUCGAGCAUGACCGAUAUGGAUUUUUUGAGGGGCUGAUACAAUACCAAUAUUGGAGAGUUAAAAAGUAUGAUACAAAUAUAACUUGAUAUAUACAUAAAAAUGACAUUGAUUCCAAAAGUUAACAACAAAGCAAUGUAAUUGAGGCUUGAGCUUUUACCGUUUAAACAUGAAUUUUAUUCUGAAAAACUAUAAAUAUAAUGGACAUCCAAUCUAUUUUGGUGCUGCUUAGGUGUUGGUAUAGCAACCUUUCCCUUGUCACUGUACAUUACCCACUCUGAUUAAAAAUGAAUGGUGGCUGAUUGCUUUGCUUCAGUCUAAUGUAGCUAAUGUGACCAAGGGGCGAUGGGGGUUGCCCCCAUGCUCCCAACAGCAUUGAUUACAGUGCUUUUAGAGCACCCUCUGCUGGACAAACUAUGUAAUAUCACCAUUUCCAACCGCCAAAGUGUUUUUUCUGCAUUGUUGUUUAUGUGGUAAAGUAAUGUAGCUACAAUAUGUCUGUGAAAGGCUCACAUUGGCCCAUAUUGUUGGACAACCGAUAUAUCGUUCGGGCUCUUGAUUUUAUGCCAUAAUUAAUUCUCUAGUUGAGCUCCCAAUUUUCAAACAUAAGAUUGAAUAAAAAUGGUCUGUGUUCAGUCUCGGUUGGUCCAGAGUCACUUCAUAUUUAAUUUAUGCAUCUUGGGUUCAAGCAGACUUUAGCGUAAUUAGAUCAGUUGACCUGCUAAAAAGAUACACCAGAAAAAGUUGAAAUGCCCAGGUUUUUCUUAGAGGUUUGCUGUGCAUGCGAUCAUAACGUAUCAUGUCCACUCAUGUUUUAGAUCUCCACCAUGCAGACACAUGCUGUGAAACAACCAGACUGUUGGAUUUCAGACCUUUAAAACCACAUAAUCAAGGGGUUUCUAUGGCGAUGGGGUGCAUUUAAAAGGGCGAGUAGCCAUUUGGCACCAUAAAGAGAUUUGACCUCAGUGGAUUUAUUUCAGCUAAUCUGAUGAACAGAUUAUCUAGUGUGUGUAUAUACACACACACACACUGGUCUGUUCUGGAAUCAGCCAAUAGCACAUGCUGACUAUCCAUCCUUACUUUUCUCCCUCAUGUUCUGUAAUGUUGCUCUUUUUCAGUUUUUGAGCUGUGAACUACUUCUGUUUUUGAUUUUCAGCUGGCGUUCUUGUAGGAGCACGACUGUUACCAAAGUCACAGCAGCUGUGAUUUGUGUUUUAGCAGUAGGGUUGCAUGUUUCUGUUUGGACUCUCACUGUAUCAGAACCUAUUAGUCUUUUAUAUGUCAGAGCUUUGUGGGGAGUUUACAGAAGAAAAAAGAUCUGUUUCUGUUUAAGGAAAAGAUCGAUAGAUGCGCCUUCAUUUUAAGUCAUAUUUCUUCAGUUAUAUUAUCACUGCUCAAUGUUGUUUUACUGUGGUUAAAUGUACCCCCCCCUUCUGAUUAGUUGACAUUUGGCGCCCUCUCAUGCCAUGUAUCGGUAACUUUAUUAAUUCUCCUAGAUGCAUCUCUCGGGCAAAAGGUGUCAUUUUUUAUUUUUUUUAAAUGGAUGACUGUUGAAAGACUUCCAUACUGCAUAUUUAAUACUUUAACGUGGCCUAUUUAGGUCAGCGGUGACAAAUGUGUCAGCAGCUGCUAAAUGUUGUGAAGAUACAAAUGUACCAAAAUAAAGCCCCAAAUGGCUUUAGAUUGUAGUGAAAAUAACGUUAUAACGAGGUGUGAGCUGGAAUGAGAUGCUCAUUGUGUUAUUGGACACAUUAUUUCACUGUUGCGAGAAAGGGGAGAAAAAGCUUCACUCUUGUGUCUAGAGCCCAGAAUAUUUUUCGUCUACAUUGUAGACAAAAAUGAUUUUCCAUUUCAGUUUAGAAAAGCAGUGUCUCAGAUAUAUAAGGGAUUUUGUUUAACAGCCUGCUGACUUGUUUUGAAAUCUUACCACAGUGAGCGACAGAGGGGAAAAAAAAAACUCAGUGAUGUUAGCUUGCUAAUGAACAGUUACCUGACUUGUUUGCUGACAUGGAAUAUUUCUGUAA